UAUAUUGUGAGACGGGAUGAACUGAAGGAGAAAGUGAGCUACAUUUGAUGCACUCACUCUGCUUUCUUCGCCCUGUACACGAGCAGCUUCUGAGAAUCAGGUGUCAUUUCUUGUCUGCUGGAGAAACACACGCUAUCAGGAGUCCACAGACAUCUGCUGCUGCAACACACGCGCACACACAAACACGCCGCUGCUAAGAUGAGCCCAAAUGUGCGUUUGUUUAGUUGUCAAACGUAACCCAGCUCUGGAAUAGAGGAGCUCUGAAGCAGCUGGAGGCGGGAUGUCAGUGAAGCUGAAGUUUGAUUAUCCGGCUGACGGCGGCAUGGUUCAGCGCAGCCGCUCAUUCACUGGAGUAAACACACUCGGUGGCCGGAGAAGACUUUCCUCAGCGCGUAGCUCUCUCCGCUCAAAAGCUGUCACAGGUAAAUCUCCCAGAAUUCCCUCUAGUAGUCGGGCGGGCAGCAGCGUCUGGGGACAACAGCCUGAGCAGGUGGACAGAAUCUUCCAGGCUUUGAGGAAAGGACUCAAGGACUACUUGGAAAAUCAUCAAACAGAGCUGGACUUUCUAUCAUCCCAGCAGAGAGACACAAAGAGGAAUUCCAGACUGGCUUUUUUCUAUGACUUAGAAAAGGAGAUACGAGCCUUAGAAAGAUACAUACGGCGUCUAGAGUUUCAAAUUAGUAAGGUUGAAGAGCUGUACGAGUCCUAUUGUAUCCAGUGGCGGCUGUGUCAGGGUGCUUUGAACAUGAAGAGAGCAUUUUCUCUGUCUCCGUCUUCACGACAGUCUAGAGAGAGUCUACUGGAGCUGAACCGCAACCACAGACACAGCCUGGAGGACAUGAGUGCAAUGGAGGCAGAACUGGAAAUCUUAUUGGGAGAGCUCCAUAUUAAAAUGAAAGGGUUAAUAGGCUUUGCUCGGCUCUGCCCUGGAGAUCAGUAUGAGGUGUUAAUCCGAUUAGGCCGACAGCGAUGGAAAAUAAGAGGCAGAAUCCAGACAGAUGACCGACAGAUGUGGGAUGAAGAGGAGAUGGUUUUUCUUCCUCACAUUCAUGGAAACUUUGAGAUUAAGGUAACAGAGGUCAAGGGCUUGAGCUCUAUACUGGUCGGGAUGGUGACGUGCAGGAGUGCAGAUUUUUUCACAGCACGGCCGCAGAUGAUGGUUGUGGACAUAACAGAACUGGGUACCAUCAAGCUGCAGCUAGAAGUGGUUUGGAAUCCAUUUGAUAGCACAGAGGUGAGGCCUCUGACAGCGUCCGCCAGCCGCCAGUCCAUCCACAGCAGAAAGGGAUCUGUAUAUAGCUGGACUCCUCCAAACACACCCAGUUUCACAGAGAAAUACUUUCUAUCUAUGAUGCGUCAGAUGCAGGAUGCAGAUGGGUCUUUUUCGAUUGGCUCACGGGAGUCGAGGGGCGUGUCUUUACUCAGUUACCUAGCCGACUCCACCCAGGCCCUCAGUCCUCCUGCCUAUGAGAAGAGCAGUGGCCUGCCAAUCACACAACACACUGUUCUGGAUGCCAAGAUACAGGAUGAUGAUCUGCUAAAGACACACACAGAUGCGGAGGAGAGUGUUGAAUGGCCUUCAGAGACCGACACUGCUUCCCCGAGUCCAGCGGGCAGCAAACGAGACUCCAUAUUCCUCUUCCACCAUUACAGUACUCCAGAUAUCCUGAAACAGAGCGGAGAAAUGACCGUCAGCGUAGGUGAAGGAGAUGCACAGGAGACAACAAACCCAGACGAGGCCACUGAACAAGAGACCUCGUUCAAACAGGAAACUGAAGACAGAGUCGCGAUGAAGGACAGAAAGCCGAGCAGAGCACAGAAGAGAGCCGUAGCUAAGAGAGUUUCUGCUCUUCUAGAGGAUCUGAAUACAGCACUGGAGGAAACCAGCAAUUUGGAGACCCUGAAGAAGCUAGAUCUGCAGAUCCGACAGCUCAACCUUGUCUUAAAGCGGGACCUCUGCGCUCCACAGGUGCCUUCAUCUCAGACACUGGCGGUAGAGGAAGAGGAAGUGCUGGGCAGUUUCGACUUCCUCUCUGCAGAUUGUAUUGAAGAUGAAAUGCCAAUAAUGGGCAGCAACAGACUCGGGCACACUGGGAUUGGUUCAUUUAAUGAAAGCACCCUGAAAAGCAUGGGUCUGUUAUGUCAGGAGCAGAGAUGUGUGUCCUCAGAAGACAGCGCUGAAGGUCAGGUCAGACUAAGAGGAGACGAUGCAGUAAAAGCGUCUGUCACUACUGGAGUCUACAGUCUGGAUCAGGCUCUGGAAACUCACCUCAGUGUCUGUGCUGUUCUGCUGAGGGCUCUGAAGCAGUCAGACUCUGAUCUGGUGCACAAAGACAUCAUGAAUGAACUUUCACGCCAAGUUAACGUGCUGGAAAAAAUUGCUGCUUUGUCACAGAAAAUGAUAGAUGAGAUCUCAGCGACAGACUUGUUGUCCAAAACUCCGAAGGGCAUUGAAGUGUUUUGGAAGGAGUGCUGUGAGAGUGAUUCAGCUUUCUGCUGCUCCACGGAGGCUUUUCUCAGGACGCUGCGCAAACAUUACAUCCACAAAGUCAAAGCCAAAGAGCCCGGCCAGACUGAUGCAGUUUUCAGUCAGCUGCUGCAUCAGGUGCAGUGCAGUGGGAUGAUGGCGUCUGUGACUCUGUGCACUGCAGAGCGUCUCACUGUGUUUCAGCUGCUAGUUUACCUCAGCAGAUGGAGUAUUACUGACUUCGGGGAGCACAUCUCUCUCCUUUCUAAAGAAGUGUAUCUGAUAGCCUGUCUGGAGAGUCCCAAGAGAAGACGAGCACUAAAGAAGCUGAAGGGAAAAUGCAUCUCUGAUCUGCAGCCGACUGGACGCGUCCUCCAGCUGCUGGCCAAACUGCAGACUGACGCCAAUCACAAAGUGGCUUCAGCGGCCUCGUCCUGCCUCAACCGGGCCUCGCGCUCCAAAUCCUUCAGGGCAAAGGCAGUGGUUCAUUACACAGAUCUCUUGAAAAACAGCAACACGAAUGUGCGGCACGAGGCCUGUCUGGCUCUGAAAAGUCUGAAGGCCUCAGAAAGUGCAGAGCAGGUUGCUGAACUGUGGCGGUCCGCAGACGAAGACCUGAGGAACGCCGCACGCGAGACAGUGUUGUCCUUCGGUAAGAAAGGUCAAAUAGCUUUCCAGCGAAUGGACCAGAUCUAUGAGCUGCAGGACGAGGCUUACAAAAACCUGGAAACCGAAAUCACAAUCUUAUAGGAAGACCACAAACCCAGUCCGUUACCGGAGUGGAUGGUGCUGAGAGACUGAUGUUUGUAUUGGAAACAUUACAUCUGCGUGUACACGUAUUGCCAAGUAUUUAAUAAUAUGCAGGUUUAUUAUUUUAUGUGAUUUUAACUUUUUAUUUUAAGUGAAAUAUUUAUGAAUAAACUGUCUUCUAUAUUUCUUAUGUAUCAACAUGAGUAAACGAAAUAUAUUGACAAUAAAUGUAAAUAAGAGAACUA